AAGCACAUUCAGUCCAUUUUAAGGCCUGCUGUACCUCAGUCAGUGUCUACACUUGCACAAGAGGAAGCCAUGUCACAUCAAUCUGAUCACUAUGUUUUCCACUGUGGCACUCUAGAGCAGUGGCACCUGGCAGGAAACCACUCCAAAGUGAAUGACUUUGUGCAGGAGUUUAGGACAUCUUCAUUUGGUAAAAGAUACAGUACUGAGUUACAGAAGAAACUUGCCAAAUACUAUCAGAAAGCAGACCAACCUAAAACUAUGAAAGGGCCCAUGGAACUUGAAGAAAUGUAUAGUACUGCAAAGCAAAACAAUGUGGUUGGGGAUGGCAAAAAUCAAAAGAAACAACUAGAGAGACUGGCAUCUUCUAUCAAAACCACCAGGGGGAAGCACCUUGUGGAUACAAUUAAUCACAUCAAGACAAACCAAAAGAAAGGUGAAUCUGAAUCCAACUCCAGUGUCAUAGAUGAGGGGGAAAUUAGACAGAAGAAACUUGAGGCUAAAGUUAAAGAACGAAGAGAUAAAAUACAAGCCAAUGUUGCCAAACAUGAUUACACUGAAGAAAGGGAUUUACUCGAGAGUCUGCAUGCAAAUUACACACAGUGCAUUGGUGGGAACAUCUCACCUAUUUCAUGUGCUCAGAGUUUGGUCAACGUUAUGGUGCACUUUUCAAAGAGCUUUUACCCAGAUAAAUAUUCUGAGAAAAGCAGAGGAUUAUUGACAGAUCACUUCCUAAAAUCCUACAAAAGUUUAAGAGACAAUCACAUGUCAGAGAAUGGAGAAAAUGAAACCAUGAAAAUUGCAGAGUAUCAGCUGCAGGUAUUGAUGAGGAUUGAGCUGGAGUCAGCAUUACACAAUGGUGAGGAGGAGGUGGGAGAUGCCUGGGUGGAAGAGGUGGCAAAUAUGCUAAGGAGAGCAGCUUUUUCAUCAGAUCCAACUUUUUUGCCACAGUUCCUUAAAGAAGUGGUUCUAGAAAACUAUGUGUAUGUCCUGCCAAAGACUGUUGGGAGGAUCUAUGAAGAACUUAUGACUGAGCCUCCUGAAGAAUAUGCAUAUCUGUUUUCCUGUGAGAAUAGUGACAAAGAUGAUUCCAUGAACCAAUCCAACCCCUUUAUAGCUGAACCACCAGCCCCAAUGUCCCUGAGGUCAGCCUCUUCCAUUGGGUCAUGUUCUAAUGAUCCUUGGUCCAACAAAUCUGGAAGUAGAAGCAGAAGCCUGGUCUCCCACUCCAGUUUCACAGAUGCAAGUUUAAAACGACAGAUCAUGAUACCACAAGUGAAAAAACCAAAAGUGGAAAAGGCAAAAGUCCGGGGUGCAAGGCCUGUUACAAGAAGUAGUGCAAAAAAGAGGAGUGCAAGAAAAAAGAAAAUAAUUG